AUGAUGAUGAUGAACGGCGGAACCAGAAGUCUGUGCACAGUGGAGGACAUCAGAAAACAAGACAAGGAGGGGUGCAGGCGACUGCGACUGACGCUUCACGACCAGAACCAACCAGCUCGUGGCUUGGAGCAGCAGCACAGAGAUAAGCCUGUCGGCCGUGCAUUUGCCCUGGUGCAGCCCCCCAGCGAGCGGACAUUUCUACCCCCGGAACCUGUCAAAUCUACUGAGGAGCAAGUCGAGGUCAUCAAGGUUUAUCUGGAGGCCCGCAGAGAAGACAAUCAAAAGCAGAAUCAAAGUCUGAAGAUGUUGUCAGAUGAAGUUUCACAGAUACAAGAGGUGCGGUACUGCCUGAAGACACUGAGGGAGCAGAUGGCAUCGAAAAAUAAGAUUCACACUAACGGUUGGAAGGUUUCAUCUCCAUUCAAGAAAAUGACCUCCUCUAGCCAAAAAGGGGGAACCAAAAGCAACGGACAGGAGACAGAUGACGAGGCGGAGAGGGCCAAUCUGAGAGAAGUGAGCAAGCGCCUGUACGCGCAGCUGCAAGAUGCCGAGAAGAAGCACCAGGAGGAGAAAGAAAGGCUGCAGGCGGAAGGCAGCAUGCUGAGGGAGCGUUUGAGCGAUCAGGAGGAAAAACUAAUGAGCACAAAGGAAGAUGUGGACAAGAAAGACCAGCGCAUCGAUGAACUCCAGAGGUUAUUGGGGGGCAUGGAGAAGGAGAGCGCCACCUUGAGGGAAACUAUCCGCCAGCGAGAGGAAGAACUGCACGAGUUACGCCGCAUCAGAGAAGAGGGCCCCAAAGGAGAGCAAAGGGCAGAGGAGUUGGAAAAGGAGGUUGCCAUUCUCAAGGAGAAGAUCCACCAUCUGGAUGACAUGCUGAAAAGCCAGCAGAGAAAAGUCAGACACAUGAUUGAACAGCUUCAGAACUCUCGCAUGGUGAUCCAAGAGCGGGACCGUGUCAUCAAAGAACUGGAGGAGAAAGUGGCUUUCCUGGAAGCUGAGAACCGAGAGAUGCACGACCAGAUGGACUACUUCUUGGGAGGACAAAAAAGCAGUUCUUACCUUUCAUCAGAGCGUAACCCACAGAUUGUGUACAGUAAACCAUUCAAGCUGUCGACAUCCUCCAACAAGCCGCUCCCGUUCAUCAAAGUCAUCGAGAUAAAGUCUUGA